UGACUGGAUGAGAAGCAAGUGCUGCAGCAUAAAGAACUGACGGGAAUCUGGGCUUUCCCACUCUGGUAGCAAAGGGGGGAAUUAUGAGUUGGUGGUCUGCUUCAUGUUAGGAAGACACCCCUCCAUCUGUUCACAGCUCAGCCUGUUUCCAUUUAAAGCCCAGAUUUCAAUACAAACCUCAAAUUUCUUUUCCCCAUUUUAAAUGCAAAGUAAGCCUUGUGAAUCAUAGUGUCUCUGCUCCUGGAAUUCAGACCACAUUUCCCCCCAAAAUUUUCAGGCUGUUUGUUUGAAUACCUGCUUACUGUGGUACACAAUGGGCAGCUUUGAGAAGAAAAAUUGAUAAUCUUCACGGAAGAGUAAUUUGAAUGAAAUUACACUUGACAGCCAGUCUCCAAGCAAACAAGAGGAGCUAGGGAGCCUAGCUAAGCUCUAAGGACUUGCCCAAGCCACUGCUGUUGGAACUUGCCAGGGGAAAAAAAAAAACAAAAAAAAAACACCAGUUUUUUCAACAUCUAAUUGAGCUUUUGAUUAAUUCCGUGUAGCAGAUCCUACUGAAGAAAGGUAGCCAUGGAAGAGAAUAUGGAAGAGGGACAGACACAAAAAGGGUGUUUUGAGUGCUGUAUUAAAUGCUUGGGAGGGAUUCCUUAUGCUUCUCUCAUUGCCACUAUCCUGCUCUAUGCGGGUGUCGCCCUGUUCUGCGGCUGCGGUCAUGAAGCCCUCUCUGGGACUGUCAACAUUCUGCAGACCUACUUUGAAAUGGCAAGAACUGCUGGAGAUACACUGGAUGUUUUCACCAUGAUUGACAUCUUUAAGUAUGUGAUCUACGGCAUUGCAGCUGCAUUCUUUGUGUAUGGCAUUUUGCUGAUGGUGGAAGGUUUCUUCACAACUGGUGCCAUCAAAGAUCUCUAUGGAGAUUUCAAGAUCACCACUUGUGGAAGAUGUGUUAGCGCCUGGUUUAUUAUGCUGACGUACCUUUUCAUGUUGGCCUGGCUGGGAGUCACAGCUUUCACCUCACUGCCCGUUUACAUGUACUUCAAUGUGUGGACCAUCUGCCGGAAUACUACCCUGGUGGAGGGGGCAAAUCUCUGCUUGGACCUUCGUCAGUUUGGCAUUGUGACAAUUGGAGAGGAAAAGAAAAUUUGCACUGUCUCUGAGAACUUCCUGAGGAUGUGUGAAUCUACUGAGCUAAACAUGACCUUCCACUUGUUUAUUGUGGCGCUUGCUGGAGCUGGAGCAGCAGUGAUUGCUAUGGUUCACUACCUUAUGGUCCUCUCUGCCAACUGGGCCUAUGUAAAAGAUGCCUGCCGGAUGCAGAAAUAUGAAGACAUCAAGUCAAAGGAGGAGCAAGAGCUUCAUGACAUCCAUUCCACUCGCUCCAAAGAGCGGCUCAAUGCAUACACAUAAAUAAAAUAUUCUCUUCUUUCUGCCAUUUGAAUGCAUUGGUGUUUAACUAAGGUCCAUCCAACCAUUCAAACUUUGAAAAACAAAAUGAAAGUGCUUCUCUUCAAUGAUAUGUGGGGUGACAUAUGAAUCACCUGAAUAUAAUUAUUUGUUGUUCAGCACUUAAUUUCCUAAUUUGUUAAAUUGGUAUCAGAUCUCUUCUACAAGCUCCUAUUCACCUUUUUUUAAACAUUUCUCAAACUCAUUUAAUAGUUCUGUAAGAUCAAAGAUACUAAUAUUAUCAAUUGCAAAGAUUUUUUUUUAAUUUUUAACCACUUCUCAUGUGUUAUACAUAACACUUUUUGCAUUAUUUCUUAUGUUUUGAAAAGAAAACAGCUUUUUAUACUUUUUAGUUUUGAUUUUGGUAACUAGUUUAACUACAGGUAACCUUCAAAGGGACCACUGUACAUUAUGAACAACAGAGUUGACAUCACGAUGCCUCCUCUUGAAAUGCGGAAAUCUUGUCUGGAGAUCAGUGGCCACAUACUGUAGGCCCUGGUUAAUGUUUUCAUCAAUCUAAGGUGCAAUUUCUAAAUUUAUAAGAGUAGGUUUUAAAAAAGUGCUUCUUAUCUUUGUUAACAUUGUAUUUUUUUCUUGAUGUACUUAAAAACAAUUUCUCUCUGAUCACUCAUAUUUCUGUUGUGAGCAUGUAGAAACAGUAAUGCUAAUGCAUGGCUAGUUGCCUUUUUAAGAUUGUGACACCAAGCUUACCUUUUAAAGUGUAGUGUAGAGAACAUUUUAAUGGAAAUAACUACUGUGGAUUAUUGGAGAAUGAUCUGUGUGAUUUACGAAGUGGCUGGAUUGGAACUUUUAAUAUGCUAAUGUGGAAAAUUAAUUACCUUUAUGAAGGUGGUAUAUUAAAAAUAAGCACACUAACCCCUCAGAACUUGUUUUACCUACUUAAAAAGUCUGAAUGGAUUGCACCUCUGUAAACUAUUCCUAAAAUGUGUAUGAUAUAUUUGAAAAGGUUUCCAUUAAUAUGAUAGCUUUGCUUGCAGCCUUCCAAUCUAUGUUGGUUUACCUGUAGUGUUUUCUAAAGUGUGGUCAGAGGCCACUAUAGAAUAUAUUGUUUGAAAGUGUAGUGAUAUAUUUGUGUUUAUAUUUCAAGUAAGUCAUUUAAACUGAAUGUUUGUUCCUAUUGAUUUAUAAGAAGUACCUGUAUCAAAGGAAUUUUAAAGAAAAAGCAAUCAGUAUUAUUGGACCAAAUUUGGUGUUGUUUUAACCUUGACUCUCUUCUUUUGAUUAUUUCUAAUGCUACAAGAAUGCUGUAAAGUGUCUUUUAAAAUGAUGUGGCCUGACAAGACAUUUUUGUCAGUGUAUAAAACUAGGUAGUGUUGUGCACUGAUUUGACCAUUGUGAAAUCUUUUCUCAGUGUAAGUGCAUUUCUAAUAAAAUAUAUUGAGUGAACCAAUCUUUGUACAACUACUAGUCAUGCAUCAUCAGUAAUUUUACAAGUUCUUGUAGUAGGUGGUGGGUAAUAUUAAGGUUAUCUGUGUGGCAUGAUUAUGCAUUCUGUAGAAUUAAUUGAUUUGGAGUUUGGCUUUUUUUUACACUUAGAUUAUCUUACUGGUUCAACAUUUUUCUGAUAUAUGCAGUAUUAAAAAUAUUCAGCAAAAGUAUUAAUGGGCUUCCUUAAUUCUAUAUUAUAGUGUUUCAGUUUUGUGUCUUUACAGUUUGUGAUGAUUUUUAAAACUGUCUUUCAAAUUUAUGUAACAAUGUUGACACUUUUGGCUUUCAUUUCUGGUAUUAGAGUUUGUAUUUUCACAGAGUGCUUUGUAGCAGGCAUUACAAUUAAUCUGUUUUGUACAUAAAUGUGCCAACAGCUUGAUGGUGGCGUUUUUGAAAUGUAGAACAAAGUGCUUGCAAAAUGUAAUAAAAAUUCUUGUGUACUUUGUGUA